AGUUAUAUCGAGGUGUUGUACGUAGAACCCCUUUUCCGUUUCGUGAUAACAGAAGCGAGACAUUAAACCAGAAUAUAAACAAUGGAUAGUGAUUCGGACAACGAUUCAAUCGAUCAGUUAGAAGAAUUUCGUAGGGCUAAUGUCAAGCCUGGAAUGUUCGUCAGCGGCUGGGAGGAUCCGAAUGACGAGAUUUCUGAAGACAAAGAGCCGCACUCCACCUUAGAGCAAAAAGUGUUAUGGGCGACAAACGAAGGGAAAAUUGAUAUUGUCCGGACAAUUUUAAACACGAAACCGGAUUGUGUACAAGCUAAGGACGAGGAUGGAUACACACCGUUGCAUCGGGCUUGCUACAACAACAACAUCGAACUGGCCAAAUUGUUGAUUCAGCAUGGUGCCGAUGUAAAUGCCCUGACCGAUUUCAAAUGGACUCCACUGCAUUCAUCCUGCCAGUGGUCGAACAAUAAAUGUGUUGCCAUGCUUCUGCAGUACGGUGCCGAUGUGAAUGCCCGAACGGAUGGAGAUCAAACACCACUGCAUAUCGCUGCUUCUGUGUCGAAUUGUCGGGAGAUGGCAAUGACUCUAAUGCUGAAUCCGAAUGUUCAACCGCAUCUAACGAAUAAUUCCAAAGAAGUGGCUGCAGAUAUUGCCCGGAGAACUGGUUUAACAUUUCCGGUUUUCGAAAUGGCUCAUCCGGCGUUUGUGGACAAUACGAACCGGAUUGACUGAGAGUGGAAUGGAAUGAAAGAAUUGAGAGUUUGAUGAAUGUUGAAGUUGAAUGAGGUGUUUGGGGACACUUCCCUUGGAGUGAGACUCCAAAUUUUGUUGGAAAUACAGAAAUUGAACAAGACUCCAGU